GCCGGCUGCUCCCUGGGGCCUUCACAACCACCUACUCUGUCUCUCAGGCUCUCAGCACUGUCACCAGAAAAAGAGGACAACUUUUAUAGAGAAAAAAAAGUAUUUGCAGUGCUUGGCUGUCGGGAGAAGAGAAGCUGAGGUGCCACCCAUGACACCCAGGACCUUCAAGCUCCACAGUGCCCGGUGUCCUCUCCUCAGCCAGGAGAAGAUGGCCGCUGCUGGGGGCCGUUGCUGCCCACAAAAUGGCUGCAGAGCGCAGCUGAGGCCGUCACGGGAAUGUCCCUGCUGGGACUCCUCCCAUGACAUCACAUACAGUACGAUGUCACCAUCGCAUCACAACCCCGGGCCCUUUCUAGAGGUGGGGCUGGGGCAGCCUCAGGCGGCCCUUUGCCUGCGAGCCAGCGAGUUAGUGAGCGAGCGAGCGGGUGAAGAGCAUGGCCUGGAGCUGCGAGGAAGGAGCCAGGCAGCGGGAUUCGCUCUCGGCGGCCUUUGGCUCUUCUCCUUGUGGCAGAUUGACGCUGUCAAUCGUGGGGAGCGGAGGAUCGUGCAAAGGGACUUGGGCGCAGAGCACCGUGCCGGCUGCACGCUCGAGGCACCCUCCCUGGGGCGAGAUGGUCGCCCAGAAGCUGAGCGCCGUGUGCCUGCUCGGGGGACUGAGCCUGCUGCUGCUGUGGCUGCUCAGGGUCCCUUCUGCAUGCAACCUGCUGCUGCUGGUGGUGGUGGUCUUCAUGCCUGGGGGGAGAAUCCCCCAGCCCAAGCAGCUCCUGCAUCCCGGCGGAGGGGACAGGCUCCCUGCUAAGCCGGGGCUGGCUUUUGGCGUGCAGGGGACUUCUCCGAGCAGCAGCAGGCAGAGAAGCAGCAAUAAGAAACACAGAGCAGCCUCCUUCCUGCCCAAGGAAGACACCGAGGAGCCGGCAGCAAGGCAGCAGGCAGGGUCGAGCACGGGCACAUUUGCCAGAGGCCGAUCCUGCCAGUCUCGCUCGGACUCCAGCCCUUUUCUCCCAUCGCCCGGCCGUUCCCACGUGGAGGAAGACGCCUGGCACCUGCCUCCGCCACCCGAUGCUGCUGGCGCAGGCUUGUCCCAUGCCCCCAAGGACCUGCCCAAUCCCCAGCAGCGCAGGGCUGGCAGGGCUCGGCCCUGGGCAGUGGCAGCUCCGCCAACCUGCCGGGAGAGGACGCGUGGAGCCUGCGGGGUCUUCCCAGGCCACCGUCAGCACCGCAGGCUCCAGAGAGCAGACGCCAAGCAGCCCAGAGGUGAAAGGUCUCCUGCUGCAAAGCAGCCAGCCACGCGCUCUGUCUUCACCAGCACGACAGACCUGCACAGAGCUGGGCACAGGCGGCCUUCUCCCUCGCCAACCCCCACGGGGCCCCUGCCCCCGUGGGCACAGCCACCCCCCCAGGACGCUCUCGCCAGGCUCCGGAGAGCUGCCUUGCAGACCCUGCCGCUCGUGGACUACAAGGGCGUGGGGCAGGGCAGAGCCGUGCAGUGGCUGCAGAGAUGGUGGCGCGGGCUGCGCAGCCGGGGGGACAGCAGCGUCUGGAGGAAGCGGGGCCCUGUCCCAGCAGCAGAGAGCUUGGCACCCGCGGGCACCGCUGCAGCAGAGCAGCAGCACCAGCUGUGCCCCUGCCAGGCUCCAAUCCACGCCCUCUUCAACGCCAUGGUCAUGGAGGCGUAGGCAGCACCAGCAAUAAAAGUACCCGUGGGAGCUUA